GCCAUAGGAACAAGACCAAGUUGGACUGAAUAUCGGGAAAAUGAGUAACGUUAGUAAUGUCAAUAUCAACGUUCAGUGCGAGUGCUAUCAUCGCCGAGGACUUCUUUACUACGCCAAUCCCUUGGCCUGGGGUCGUCCCUGCCGCAGGUGUCGUCGCAUGAUGUCCAGGAACAAUAUCGUGGUGUCCGUGCCAGCAGGACAGGUGGCUACGCCAGUGCAAGCCACCGCCACCACAGUGAUACCUGCCCAGAACGCGACCCACUGGCAGGCGCAGCAGGAGCCUCAGACCAUGUCCGCCCUGCCACCUAAGUACGACCAAGCUGUGGCUGCCAACUAAAUUAAUAAAAGACUAAAAUUAUGAAAACGCACAAUAAAUAUUCUUAAAAGAGCAUCGCAAACUCUAUGAAAACCACACGCA